AGUGUAUCACCUAAGAGAGAGUGACAGUGAUGGCGGACGUGGAGGAUGCGACGGCCCCCGGGCUCGAGAAUGUGACCCAAGGAUCUUUCAAUGAUUCCCAGGCAGCCGUUAACGGGACGGGGAAGGUGCCGUCCACACCCGAAGGGAUGGCCCUGGCUUACGGCAGCCUGGUGAUGAUGGCGCUGGUGCCCAUCGUGUGUGGCGCCUUCCGCUCCGUCAAACACCAGCAGCAGCAGAAGGCUGCUGGAGAGAAGGUGGACACCAUGACCUCAAGGGAUGCUGCCAUGUUUCCCAUCAUAGCAUCAGGGGCUCUCUUUAGCCUAUAUAUCAUCUUCACGGUGUUUUCCAAGGACUACAUUAACUUGCUGUUGUCCUCAUACUUCUUCAUCUUGGGGGUGUUGGCACUCUCCCAUGUCUUUGGGCCAAUCAUCUCGGGUCUGGUUCCAGCCUCAGUGCCCUUUGAGACCUACCACCUUCAUCUCAUGCGUGGGGAUAAGGAGAAGAAGGACUACAUCAUCAAUUAUGGCUUCACCUCAUAUGACCUGGUGUGCCUCGUGGUGUGCUCCAUAUUAGGAGUGUGGUACCUCUUGAAGAAGCACUGGAUUGCCAACAACCUGCUGGGGCUAGCCUUUGCUGUUAAUGGUGUGGAGUUGCUACACCUAAACAACAUCCAGACUGGAGCACUGCUACUCGUUGGUCUCUUCAUUUAUGACAUCUUCUGGGUGUUUGGCACUAAUGUCAUGGUUACUGUUGCCAAGUCUUUUGAGGCUCCCAUCAAAUUGGUGUUUCCUCAAGAUCUGCUGGAAAAAGGCCUGGAGGCUGACAACUUUGCCAUGUUAGGCCUGGGAGAUAUAGUUAUUCCUGGCAUCUUCAUUGCCCUUCUCCUACGUUUUGAUCACAGCCUGAAACGUGGGUCCAACACCUAUUUCAAUGUAACUUUUGCUGCCUACUUUGCUGGGUUAUUGUUGACCAUCUUCGUGAUGCAUGUGUUUAAACAUGCCCAGCCUGCACUUCUGUACCUGGUACCUGCCUGCCUCUCUGCUCCCGUCCUUCUGUCCUUAGUCAAGGGAGACUUCAAGGCUCUCUUACAGUAUGAGGACCAUCCCAGUGAUGAGGAAGGAGAGGAGAAAGAAGCAGAAGACAAGAAAACAGGAAAAAAGGACAAGUGAGGUGAACAGGCCAGUUUCCUGAACACCAUUGCUGCCCUUCCUCCUGGGCAGGUUGUGAUGGCUGGAGCACAAUUCAGCAUUUAAGUUUUUUCCUCUUUCUCCCCAUGUUAUCAGCUUAUAUCAUUGGUAAUUAAAUUGUAAUGCUAUCUUUUCUAAUUGAAAGUUUGUCAAGUAUUCUUUGGAUGUUACAGAAAAAUUGGUUUAUUUAUUUUGUCAGUUUUAUCGAAUUCUCAACAUAUUUGCUCUGGUAGGGAUGUGCAGUAGGAUCUGAGUUUUUUCCUUGCAGCAACUUGAUAGGAAGUCAUCCCAUGUUUUCAUACAAGGAAAAAACAUCACCUCAGAAAAAGACUGAAUUAAUUAUAUUUUUAUAUUUCAACUUUUUAUCCAGGUGAAGAUAAUAUUUAUGAUGUUUUGUCUGCUUUUUUUUUUUUUCCCAGUAUUAGAAGAUUGCUUCAUUACAUAUUCAUUAUUCCAUUUUUGUGGUGUCAUGAAAAUGUGGAUUAGACUGCUAUUUUUGUAGUACUUUUUUUUUUUUAUUAUUAUGGAUAAUUUUGUGGUGCAAUUGUGUUACACUGGAAAACAGAAGUGUAAAUUUAUAGGUGAUCCUGAUGGUCAUUAUUGAAAUGGUGUGUUAAUGAGCAGAGUGAUAUGUGACUCAAGUUGGCUGGCCUGUGGUGUGAGGUGGAGAGUGCUUGGCCAGCCUGUACCAUGGAGUGUAAUUGGUUGACAGACCUGCAUAAAACACUGCAGGUUGAUUGGCAUGCUAUAUGAAAGCAGUGUGGCUGAAGCUUGCUGAACUGAAUCUUUUAUUUGGGAUGUGGAAUAUGGCUGAGAAUGGCUAGCCUGUAGGAUGGAGUGAAAUGUGACUCAGGCUGGCUGGCCUGAUGUGUGGAAUAGAGAAUAGCUCAGACAGGCUGGCCUGUAUGAGCCUUAAAAUCAAGAAAUGUAAAAAUUAUGAAGACCUUCUAGUGAUUUGAGAAUGAGGGAGAAAAAGAGAUAAGUUCUGCAGUUUUGCAUUCUGCACUUAUUAUUGAAGCACAAGAGGAACAUUGUAAUAUUUCUUGAACACCAUCAAUUUUAAAGAAAAGUUGCUGUAAUAAUAACUAGGUCCAUUUCUCAAAUAUAGUGUGAAAGAUGUCUGAGGAGCAUUGGAAGUUUGCUAUUUUCAUGCUUCUGUAUAUGAAUUUUUUUGAGUUGUAAGAAAUUAAAAGGUUCAUAGAA